CUGUCUCUUGGGCGUGCUAACGCCUUUGAGGAUGGCUUCGGUUCUGCUGUAUACGCCGAGCGAUAUGUGCUCUUCUUUCUUGUACAAAGGCUUUGGGUAUCGUGGAGUGUAUGUAGAACUAGAAUCAUGUUGGAUUAUCAUGGUGGGUAGAGAAUCCAUGAAUCAUGAAGAUUCUACCCAUGCAUGCGCUCUUACCAUUGGGCAAAUCUGCAUAUCAAAAAAUAAAGACCUCCCAACUCGUGACUACAUAUUCAACACAAAACAUUAUCAUUCAUUCAAGACCGCAGAUUGUAAAAGUGGAUAUACCAGUUUCCGAUCACUGUUUCGUCCCCUCCAGAUCACCAAUCCCAUCUAUUCAAUCAAAACUCAAGCCAAGAAGAGAGGGAAAAAAAGUGGUAGAACUCCAGCCCACCCCCACAAUCAUCAACAAGUGAACGCUUCUUGUCAACACACGUUAACUUGUACUUCACAUGUAGCGCGUCCAUCGUGUCAAGUCAAACGUGUCACAUUAGCUUUGCUUCAUUUUCGCUUCUUCCCCUUGUUCGCGCCCUUGGUUAGGAUCAGCCGAGAAAGAAAAGAAGAAAAAAAGGACGCGUAA